CGCAUAUAAACAAACUGGCCGGAUCACGGCCCGAGCCCGCCGCACCGCCUUUAUAAAAUUUACUGCUCGCCCUCCUCCUCCUCCUCCUCCUCUCCUCUUCCCCAUCCACUUCUCUCCUAACCUCCUCCUCUCUACCUUCACCAUGAUUUUCAACGACCAGGCCUCCUCCACCCUCGAGUGGCUCUCCCGCCUCGACACCUCAAACACCCCUUCGCGUAACUUCCGUCGCACCUGCAUUAUUGGCACCAUCGGUCCCAAGACUAACUCCGUCGAGAAGAUGAACGCCCUCCGUUCUGCUGGUCUCAACAUCGUCCGCAUGAACUUCUCCCACGGCUCCUACGAGUACCACCAGAGCGUCGUCGACAACGCCCGCGCCGCCGAGGCCGCCCAGCCCGGCAGACCCCUCGCGAUCGCCCUCGACACCAAGGGUCCCGAGAUCCGCACCGGCUCCACCAUCGGCGACGUCGACAUCCCCAUCUCGGCCGGCACCAAGAUGAUCAUCACCACCGACGAGGCCUACAAGAACAAGUGCGACAACACCAUCAUGUACCUCGACUACGCCAACAUCACCAAGGUCAUCGAGCCCGGCCGCAUCAUCUUCGUCGACGACGGCGUCCUCUCCUUCAAGGUCGACGAGAUCGCCGACGACAAGAACCUCAAGGUCACCUGCCUCAACAACGGCAAGAUCUGCUCCCACAAGGGCGUCAACCUUCCCUCCACCGACGUCGACCUCCCCCCUCUCUCCGAGAAGGACAAGGCCGAUCUCCGCUUCGGUGUCAAGAACAAGGUCCACAUGGUCUUUGCCUCCUUCAUCCGCCAGGGCUCUGACAUCACCGCCAUCCGCGAGGUCCUCGGCGAGGACGGCAAGGACAUCCAGAUCAUCGCCAAGAUCGAGAACCAGCAGGGUCUCAACAACUUUGACGAUAUCCUCAAGGAGACCGACGGUGUCAUGGUCGCCCGUGGCGAUCUCGGCAUCGAGAUCCCCGCCUCCGAGGUCUUCAUCGCCCAGAAGAUGAUGAUCGCCAAAUGCAACCUUGCCGGCAAGCCUGUCAUUUGCGCUACCCAGAUGCUCGACUCCAUGACCUACAACCCGCGCCCCACCCGUGCCGAGGUCUCCGACGUCGGCAACGCCGUCCUCGAUGGCGCCGACUGCGUCAUGCUCUCCGGUGAGACCGCCAAGGGCUCCUACCCCGUCGAGGCCGUCUCCAUGAUGCACGAGAUCUGCCUCCUCGCCGAGAUGGCCAUCUGCUACCCCCCUCUCUUCAACGAGCUCCGCCAGCUCACCCCCCGUCCCACCGACACCGUCGAGACCAUCGCCGUCUCCGCCGUCUCCGCCUCGUUCGAGCAGCAGGCAAAGGCUAUCAUCGUCCUCUCCACCUCCGGCACCACCGCCCGUCUCUGCUCAAAGUACCGCCCUACCUGCCCCAUCCUCAUGGUCACCCGCAACCCCGUCUCCGCCCGCUACUCCCACCUCUACCGUGGCGUCUACCCGUUCGUCUACAGCGGCGCAAAGCAGACCGACGCCGCAAAGUGGUCCGAGGACGUCGAGGAGCGUCUCAAGUGGGGAAUGGACCAGGCCGUCGAGCUUGGAAUCCUCAAGCGCGGCGACGCCGUCAUCGCCAUCCAGGGAUGGACCGGCGGUCUCGGCCACACCAACACCCUCCGUGUUUUGGAGUGCGUCUAAGUGCCUCUCCCCAGCUUUAGUCUGUAGCUCUCUUGCUUUUAAAACGAAUCGAUAGAGCUACUUUCUUCUUAUCUUCCUUGUGAUCUCCUUCUACGUUUUCUUGUUUUGUAAUUCUUGUGUCUGCCGCUCAUAGAAAGAAACCGAUCAAAGGGAUCGUAGUUCGACACGAGUACUGCUGGUCAGAUUCCCUUGAACUAUCGUCCUCUAGUCUUUUAUUUAUUAUUAUUGUCUUUGUAUAUUCGGAAUCUCGAGAUUUCUAUUUAAAUUAUUACUGAAAUGAUUUUUCCAAUUUUUAUGAGUUCUUAUAUACAUGCAGACUAUUAUAUACAUACAACCUAACUCUUCCGCCGUAAAUGAUACACAUCCGUUCUCUAGUUACUAUUCUUGUUGUCUUUGUGUAUUCGGAAUCUCGAGAUUUCUA